CCAAAUAGCCCCGCACCAAAACGCACCCCACUAGCAUCAUCGUCAUCACACAUUCCCAGCGCAGAUCGUCCCAAAACCUCAGCAGCUCCGUCCCGAUGGCGUCGCUCACCAUGAUGGCGUCCCUCUCCGCGGCCGUGGCGGUCGACCGGCGCGCGGCCGCUCCACGCCGCGGCCUCGUGGUGGCCCGGGCCGCCAAGGUCGAGAGCCAGCAGGAGCCGGCGGCCAAGAUGGCAGCCGUGGAGCCCGCCACCGACGGCCGCCGUGCCGUGGUGUUUGCUGCCGCCGCUGCGGCCUUGUCGGCCAUUGGCGGGGUGGCCUUCGCCGAGUCGGACGUCAAGAAGGGGAGCCCCGAGGCCAAGAAGAAGUACGCCCCCGUCUGCAUCACCAUGCCCACCGCCAAGAUCUGCCACAACUGAUCCGGGGUGAGGGGACGAUGAUGAUGCGGGUGGGCGGUAAAUAUUGUACUACGUACGGUUUUAUCUCUUGUCGAAGUUCGAGCUUAGAUGCAUAGGGCCGCGUUGCGUGCGCUUGGACGCCGCCAUGGACGGUCUCUAAUGUUGUUGUAUUAUCCAUUGCAAAUUCGAGGUGAAACCGCACUUGUUUGAUUA